AUGGCUCAGCCUAAAUUGGAGAAUUUGAGCACGGGUGAUAUGAAAUUUAGUCCAGAGGUUAAGAAAGAAUCGCACUCGCCGCCACAUCGAUUUCGUCGCCGUCGUUUGCGUUCGCCUGUUUUACUUAACCACAGCCGACCUGGCUUUAAGCCGAAACGCUCCAGACUUUCCUCUCCCGUUGUGGUUAAAGAUGAUGUGGGUCACACUACCUCGGGCUCAAAUGAAAAACACCACAGAACUAGACCGGUAUCACCUCCUCCUGGGCGUUCACCUAGGAAUCGCAGGCAUCGCCUUCGGGAUGGUCGUCAUGGUACUGACGACAGGCGAGUUGAAUGGGGCAAGCGUAUCGAAGAAAGUAAAUCGCCAGUAAAAAUGAAGGAGCAACCGAACUUUGAGCUCUCUGGCAAAUUGGCGGCAGAUACGAAUACAUAUAAGGGUGUUGUUAUCAAGUACAACGAGCCAGAGGAUGCAAGAAAACCAACAGCCUUUUGGCGUCUUUACCCGUUUAAGGGUAAUGAAGCCCUUAAGGUUAUGCACAUUCACCGUCAAAGUGGUUAUCUUAUCGGGAGUGCUCAACACAUCGCGGACUUGCCAAUGGCGCAUCCCAGCAUUUCAAAACAGCACGCCGUUUUGCAGUUCCGCUUCGUUAGUUUUAUUAUGACUUAUUUUAUCUGUAUUAUAUUGUACAUCAUCGAUCUGGAGUCGACAAAUGGUACUUUUCUUAACAAUAAGAAGAUCGAGUCUCGUCGAUACUACGAACUGCGCGAGAAGGACGUUUUAAAGUUCGGUUAUUCCACACGUGAGUACGUAGUGAUGACCGAUCAAGUAGCUACUGGAUCAGAUAAUGACGAGUAG